AGGCUCGAUGCCACUUGCUGGUUGCUCUUCAUCAGAGGAACAACUGGAGAAGGAACUCAGUGAUGAACAAACUGGAGGCACUGCGUGUUUAUUGAUUUUAUUCUUCUUACCUACCUAAAAACCAAAACAGGAAGGCUGUUAAGCAGAAUAGGGAAUGUGCAGAAUGGACCGUUUAGGUCUUCGUUUUUUGUCUAUUAUGUUAAUACUUCUUUGUCAAGGGACCGGAUUUGUUCAAGGCCAAUGCGAGAGCGGCCAGUUCCAGUGCUCCAAUGGCCAGUGCAUCAGCCAGAGCUGGCGGUGUGACGGCACCAAGGACUGCAUCGAUGACUCUGAUGAGCUCAACUGCCCGCCCCCUACCUGCAGGGCAGGGGAGUUCCAGUGUGUGACUGGAGGCGAGUGCAUCUCCAGCCUGUUUGUGUGUGACGGCGAGGAGGACUGUGCCGACGGCUCGGAUGAACAGCGGACCUGCGCUGGUCGUACUUGUAACCCGGACCAGUUCACUUGCCAGGAGGGCCAGUGCAUCCCAAAGAAGUACACGUGCGACAGAGUGCAGGACUGUGUGGACAAUUCAGACGAGAGAAACUGCAACUACCCCAGCUGCACUGAAAAGACCUGUGCCAAUGGAGCAUGCUACAACAACUCCCAGCACUGCAAUGGGAUCCCGGACUGCAGAGACGGGUCAGAUGAGAACAACUGCACACAGCACUGCCCCAUGCACCAGUACCAGUGCAUGAAUGGUUACUGCAUCCCACUGUCCUUUGUGUGCGACCACUGGGAUGACUGUGGAGAUAACAGUGAUGAGGAGGACUGUGCAUAUCAGAGCUGCAGUGGGAAUCAGUUCACCUGCACCAGCGGCCGGUGCAUCACUCAGGAAUGGGUCUGUGACGGCUUCAAUGACUGCGGGGACUACAGCGACGAGAGUGGAUGUGAUAGCAACUCUCGAGACUGUUACCCUGGAGAGUGGGCAUGCCCAGGUGCUCCUCUCUGCGUGCCCAUAGGCAAGGUAUGUGACGGACACGCUGACUGUCCCAAUGGAGCAGACGAGACCAAUGCAACUGCCCAGCUGACCUGCAGUCUGGAGCAGUGCUCUGCACUAAGCUGUGAGUACCACUGUCACGCCACCCCAAUGGGCGGGGCCUGUUACUGUCCUGACGGCUUCGUUGUGGCUAAUGACAGUCGCACCUGUGUCGACUAUAAUGACUGCAAAAUCUGGGGUAUCUGUGACCAUUUCUGUGAGGAUCGCCCUGGCACACAUCGCUGCAGCUGCGCAAAUGGGUACUUCCUGGAACAGGGGCACAUUUGCCGGGCAAAUGUGUCAGAUGGCCUCCCUCAGCUUAUCUUCUCCAAUGGCCAGGAUGUGAUGAUGGCGGAUGUGCACGGGCGGCUUGUUAGGACCCUGGCCCAAUCAGAGAACAAGGGCCGAGCCAUGGGCGUGGCAUUCCACUGGCACAGACGGCGGGUCUUCUGGACCGACACUGUCAAUAAGAAGGUCUACUCAGUGAAUUAUGAUGGGGGGGACCUGAAGGAGGUGCUGUCAGUUGCGGUGAACAGUCCUGAAAACAUUGCCGUGGACUGGAUCAAUUUCAAGCUGUACGUGGUCGAGAGUUCAGUGGACCGAAUUGACCUGUGUGACUUCAGCGGGGGGAACCGAGUCACUCUGAUUGGAGAGAACCUCUUGGCCCCCCAUGGACUGGCACUAGACUCCACAGUUGGGUACAUGUUCUUCACUGACAAGGGCUACAGCAAUGAAGAGGUCAAGCUGGAGAGGGCCUUCAUGGAUGGCAGCAACCGGGUGGACUUGGUCAAGACCAGGCUGGGUGCUCCUUCUGGCAUCACCCUGGAUAUCGUUACCCAGAGAGUGUACUGGGCGGACAGCCAUUUUGAUGUGGUGGAGACGGUCACCUACAUUGGCCUGGAAAGGAAAACAGUACUGAAUGGAGGUACUCAGGUUCCACACCCGUAUGGCCUGUCCGUUUUCGAGAACCACGUCUUCUUCACAGACUGGACUAAGAUGGGUGUCGUACAGGCCAACAGGUUCAACGGGAGCAACCCAAAACUCUUGUACCGCACCACAAGCCGCCCCGGUCACAUUGUGGUCUCACAUGGCGUCCUACAACCUGUUGUGAAGAACCCCUGCGGCCGCCACAACGGGGGCUGCGAGCACAUCUGCGUGCUGAGCCACCGCACUGACAAUGAUGGGCUGGGAUUCCGCUGCAAGUGUCGCCUAGGCUACGAUCUGCAGCCCGACCGCCACUCCUGUUUCAAGUUGACAGACUUCCUGUUGGUGGCAACACAGACAGCGGUACGGGGCAUCCCAUUGAACCAGUCCAUGCAAGAGGACGUGAUCCUCCCCCUUAGUGGCCUGGGGGCCACCUUCUCCUCCUCUGCUGUGGAGUAUGAUGGGAACGAGGAAGCUGUUUUCUACAAUGACAGGACCAGGGCACUCAUUUACAAGGCGGCUAUCAAUGGCACGAGUCAGCAGAUCCUGACAGGCUACAGAAUUGGAACGGUUGAAUCCAUGGCAUACGACUGGACCUCCAAGAUUCUGUUCUGGACAUCCCCCUCCUACCGGACGAUCGUUGCAUUCAAGGUGACGGACAAGUCUCGACGGGACAUCGUGACGGGCCUGAAAAAUCCUCGGGGCAUUGCAGUGCACCCCAGUGCUGGAUACCUUUUCUGGUCGGACUGGUAUCGCCCUGCUGUGAUCAUGAGAGCCUUCCCAGAUGGCAGCAACGCAAUUCCCCUCAUCAACACCACUCUGGGUCGGCCCAAUGGGCUUGCCGUAGACUACAUGUUGGACCGGGUCUACUGGGUGGAUGCACUCCUGGAUAAGAUUGAACACGUUGACCUGCACGGUCAGGACAGGCAGACUUUCCCCAACAUCGGACAGAUCACCGAGCCAUUCUCCCUCACCAUCCACACAGAUCACCUUUUCGUGUCCGACUGGAGGACGAGGGCGGUGUUCCGCCUGCGGAAAAGAGAUGGGGGAAACAUCGUCCCCAUCCGGCAGGGCAUCUACGGGAUAAUGAGCGUAAAGGCCUACACUGCUUCACUUCACAGCAAUUUUGGCAGCAAAUGCAAUUCUCCCGUCCCGAAUGGCCGCUGCAGUCACUUCUGCUUCCCAACGCCCACGUCCGGUCGCGUGUGUGGCUGUCCCUAUGGCAUGAAGCUGCAGGAGAACCAGCGCGACUGCGUGAAGGACGACUCGGUGCCACCGCCGGACACCAGCUGCGGGUCCUACUCCUUCCCCUGCGAUGAGGGCCGCUGCAUCCCCAACUCCUACCGCUGUGACGGCAAACAGGACUGCGUAGACAACACGGACGAAACCAACUGCACCGAUUCAGGGAUGACCUGCUCCCCUCGCGCAUUCACCUGCGGGAACAAGCGCUGCAUCCCCUCCGCAUGGCGCUGUGAUGGCCAGGACGACUGCGGAGAUGGGACGGACGAGGACAACUGCCCCACCCGGCGACCGACCACCUGCGGCUCAUCGCACUUCGCCUGUGCCAACGGCAACUGUGUCCCCAGCAGCUGGGUGUGUGACGCGGACAACGACUGUGGGGACGGCUCAGAUGAGAGGAACUGCAACUCGUCCAUCACCACUUGCAUCCCAGGAUUCUUCCUGUGUCCAGAUCACCGUUGCAUCCACAACUCCUUUGUCUGUGAUGGAGACCAGGACUGCUUAGACGGAUCCGAUGAAAAGGACUGUGAGUUUUCCUGUAGCUCAAACGAGUUUCCCUGUGCCAGUGGAGACCAGUGUGUUAGCCAGAUAUACCGGUGCGACGGUGUCUAUGACUGCAGAGACCACUCCGAUGAGAGAGGGUGCCCCACACGUGGCCCAGGUCUGUGUCACGACGACGAGUUCCAGUGCCAGGUGGACGGGUUCUGCCUGCCGGGCGCGUGGGAGUGCGACGGGCACGCGGACUGCCAGGACGGCUCAGACGAGCACAACGGCUGCCCGCCAAUCACCUGUCGCCCCAGCUACUUCCAGUGCGACAACAAGAGGUGCGUACACGAGUCCUGGGUGUGCGAUGGAGAGAACGACUGCCAGGACAUGAGCGACGAGAGAGGCUGUCCCACGCCUCCCUUCAGCUGCCCCGCCGGCCAGUGGCUCUGCCCCACCGACCAGGUGUGCAUCGGGCUGGAUCGAGUGUGUGACGGGGAGCGGGACUGUCCGGACGGGGCCGACGAGUCGCCCCUCUGCAGCGAGGACGACUGCGCCGUGAACAACGGGGGCUGCAGCGGGGGCUGCGUUCAGGGGCCGUUUGGGGCCCAGUGCACCUGCGAGCCAGGCUUCCAGCUUCUCAACGACUCCAAGACCUGCGACGACAUCGACGAGUGCCUGAUACCGGGCAUGUGCAGCCAGACGUGCUUCAAUGAGCGCGGCUCCUUCCGCUGCUACUGCGAGGACGGCUACGAGCUCGAGCCCAACGGCCGUGUCUGCAAGGCCUCCGGCCCCCAGGAUGCCAUACUUCUGAUCACCAAGCGCAGUCAGAUCAUCUCCAACAACAUCAGGCAGAGGCCCACCGUCAUCAGACCUGUGGUCAGCGGCUCCAACAUUGUCACCGUGGACUUCGACAGGGUGACCAAUCGCAUCUACUGGGCUGACGCAGGCCAAGAGAAGAUCUGGAGUGCCUGGCAGAAUGGCACAGAUAGACGAGAGGUGUUCUCCACUGGACUGACAGUACCCGAGACCCUGGCUGUGGACUGGGUGGGCCGGAACCUCUACUGGACUGACUCUGUGAUGGAGAACAUUGAGGUGGCCACUCUGGAUGGCCGGUUCCGGAAGAUACUCCUGACCAAGAACAUCACCAGCCCUCGUGGGCUUGCUCUGGACCCACGUGACUUCACCAAUUUGAUGUUCUGGACGGACUGGGGUCAGAAUCCAAGAAUUGAGAAGGCCAGCAUGGAUGGCACAUUCCGGCGUGCCAUAGUGACAAAAAAGCUGUACUGGCCCAACGGGCUGACCAUCGACUAUCCCACCCGCCGGCUCUACUUUGCAGAUGCCUAUCUGGACUACAUUGACUAUUGUGACUACGAUGGCAACAAUCGAUUCCAGGUCUUUGCCAGUGAUCUGUUGCUGCAGCACCCUCAUGGCAUGACCAUCUUUGAGGACUAUGUGUACUGGACAGAGCGGUACUCCAGUCGAGUCAUCCGGGCUAACAAAUUGCAUGGAGGCAAUGUGACCACCCUCCUGACUGAUAUCUACCAGCCCAUGGGCAUUGUGAUGAGUCACCCAGUCAAACAACCUCCUUCGGUGAACCCUUGCCUGAACAGCCCAUGCAGUCAACUGUGCCUGCUGUCUGGAAGGAGGCCAGUGUACUUCUCCUGUGCCUGUCAAUCAGGCUGGCAUCUGAACAGCGACAGAUCCACGUGCACCAAAGAUGAUAGCCCCUUCCUGAUGGUUGUCAGGGGCACGACGAUCUUGGGCAUCCCGCUUGACCCCAAUGACACCUCCACCAAUGCAAUGACCCCGGUGUCGGACAUCAGCCAGGGCCACGACAUUGAUUUUGAUGACCGGGAGCAGUUUGUCUACUGGGUCCAGGGCUCUGGGUCUAUUUUCAGAGUGAAGACUGAUGGAAGCAAUCGAACUCAGUUUGCUCCAACAGCUAUUAUUGGCUCACCCUAUGGGUUGGCCUUUGAUUGGAUAACCAGAAUAAUGUAUUACACAAAUCCCACCAAUCAGGCCAUUGAGGUCAUCCGAGUAGAUGGGAGUCAGCAUUACAGGAAGACCCUCAUCACAAACAAUGGGAAACCGGAAGGGGUAGGGGAGCCCAUUGGAAUAGCUCUUGAUCCAGCCAGAGGAAAGUUGUUCUGGACAGACAGGGGAACAGAUGCUGGGGUCCCACCCAAGGUGGCCAGUGCAGACAUGGAUGGGAGUAAUUUGAAGGUCCUGUACACCGGCAACCUCGGCCGCGUUGAGUACAUCACAGCUGACAUUGCUGAGAGCAAGCUGUACUGGAGUGUCACCAGCUCCGGAGUGAUUGAGUGCGGGACAAUGGAUGGGGUCAGCCGCAUGACCAUUGUGAGUGGCCUGUCGCACCCCUGGGGAAUCACCGUUCACCAGAACUACCUCUACUACACCGACCAGGACUACGAGGUCAUUGAAAGGGUAGACAAAGCAAACGGGGCCAACAUGGUGGUGAUGAGGAGCGGUUUGACCGGGGUCGGGGCCCUCAAGGUCCACGCCCGAGACAACUCUGCAGGGACCACCAAUGCCUGCAGCACCAACAAUGGGGGCUGCCCCCACCUGUGCCUGCCCAAGCCUGGCGGACAGAAAGCGUGCGCGUGCACCACAGGCUUUGUGCCAUCUGACGAUGGGUCCCGCUGCGAGCAAUAUGACUCCUUCGCCGUGGUGUCCACUUCCCAGCUCAUCCGUGGGUUUCACAUCAACAGCUCCGAUCACUCCGAUGCCAUGGUGCCGGUGGGUGGCUCUUAUUACUCCAAGAUUGACAAACUGGAUCUGCACAUUCCAUCUGGCUUCCUGUACUGGAGUGAUAACAGCUCCUACAGCUACUACAGAGGGAUUUCCAGGGCCAAGACCGACGGCUCACGCUAUUCACGCGUCGUCUCCUCCGGCGUGGGGACGGGCGGGAUACAAGGCUUUGCCGUCGACUGGGUUGCAGGAAAUCUGUACUUCACAAAUGCCUUUGAAACCCAGACCUACUUGGAGGUCCUGCGCCUCAACACCAGCCUGAGGCUGGUCCUGCUGAAGAGCAGCACAGACCGGCCCCGGGACCUGGCCGUGAGCCCCAAGCUGCGCUACCUGUUCUGGACCGACGGCGGCCAGACACCCAAGAUCGAACGUGCCCAGCUGGACGGCCGCAACCGCACGGUGCUGGCCUCCGAGACCCUGGCCUCGCCGCGCGGGCUGACGGUAGACUACACCAACAACUUCCUGUACUGGUCAGACGACGUCCUGGACAUGAUCUCUUGCAUGGCGGCGGACGGCAGCCAGCGGCAGAUCGUGCGCUACGGAAGCCGAUACCCGGCACCUUAUGGGGUCGCCAUCUUCGGGAACUAUAUGGUGUGGGUGGACCGUAGACUGCAAAAAGUCUUCCAGGCCAGCAAGCUACCAGGAAACACGGACGCGGCAGAGGUCAUCCGGGACAACUUGGAGGAAUUGGCGGACGUGGCCGUGUUUGACGCCCACGUCCAGCCGGUGUCCGCCAACCAGGUGGGCUUCAACCCCUGCCAGGAAGACAACGGGCGCUGCCAGCAGCUGUGCUUCGCCCUGCCGGAGAAGCAGGAGCCCAAGUGCAGCUGCGCCCACGGCUCGUUGCUCAGCAACGGCGUGUCCUGCGGGUUUGGCCUGGACGAGUACCUCAUCUUCACCACUGACUACGCCAUGAACAGCGCCCGCCUGGACCCUGAUGACCACAGCGUGCCCUUCCCAGCCGUCUCGCUCAGCUCCACCGUGAUGGCCCUGGACUUUGACUUCCAGGACAAGAGGGUGUACUUCGCCCGCUCUUCUAGUGUGGGCAGGAGCAGCAUUGGCUACAUCAGCACCACCUCUGCCUCCAGCCCACCUGUCAUCAUCGCCUCCAAUCUGGCUGACCCAGAAGGGCUGGCGUACGACUGGAUCCACAAGCGCAUAUACUUCACCGACUACUACAACAGGAGUGUCCAGUCCAUGGGGCAUGACGGACAGAACCACUCCUGCGUCAUCCGUGCAAACCGCCCACGGGCUAUCAUUGUGGACCCCUGUUACGGGUACAUGUACUGGACAGACUGGGGCCUUCCUGCCAAGAUUGAGCGGGCCACACUGGGAGGAAACUUCCGCACUACAAUCAUCGACCACGAGCUGGUGGAGCCCAAUGGCCUCUCCCUGGACUACGAAGACCGACUGCUCUAUUGGACUGAUGCUUACCUGGACAAGAUUGAGCGCUCCUCUCUGACGGGUCAGAACCGACAGGUGAUCAUCAGCGGGACACAGCACCCGUACGCCUUGACCGUGUAUCAGCAGCACGUGUUCUGGACUGACUGGGACACGCGCAGCGUCUUCCGGGCCAGCAAGGACGACGGCUCGGACGUGACGGUGCUCGUACAGGAGCUGCUGUACAAGCCCAAUGACAUCCACGUGUUCACAGCCGCCAAGCAGGAGCUCUGCUCCAGCCCCUGCCAGCAGUUUAAUGGCGGCUGUAGCCACACAUGCGUGCCUGGUCCCUCCGGCCCUGAGUGUCAGUGCCCUGUGGGUAAAUAUUACCUGGCCAACAAUGGCAAAGACUGCAUCCCGGACACGGGGCACCGCUGUGGGACGGGGGAGUUCACCUGCCUCAAUGGAAACUGCAUCGCCCAGCGGUGGAAGUGCGAUGGCUUCAAGGACUGCUCGGACAACUCAGACGAGCUGGAGAGGGUGUGCGCUUUUCACACCUGCUCACCCACACACUUCACCUGUGACAAUGGCCGCUGCGUGCCCCUGUCCUACCUGUGCGACUACACCAAUGACUGCGGGGACAACAGUGACGAGCACGACUGCCCCUUCCCCACCUGCAACCCAGCCACGGAGUUCACCUGCAACAGUGGCCGCUGCAUCAGCGCGGACUUUGUGUGCAAUGGACGGAACGACUGCCAGGACAACGGGACCUCUGACGAGAUAAACUGCCCGGACCGGACCUGUGCCCCAGGCCUAAUCAAGUGCGACACCACCAACAUAUGCGUCUCGCGCCUGAGCCUCUGUGACGGCUACAACGACUGCGGGGACAACAGUGACGAAAACCCGCUGUUCUGCGAGGGUAGGACGUGCGCGGCGGACGAGUUCCAGUGCGACGCGGGGAAGUGCAUCCCGAAAUCCUGGGUGUGCGACUUCAUGAACGACUGCAUGGAUGGCUCCGACGAACCACCCUCCUGCCGUGAUCAAGUUCAUACUUGCCACCCCGAUCAGUUCACCUGCGUCAAUGGCAACUGUAUCCCAGUCACGAUGACCUGUGAUGGAAACAAUGAUUGUGGGGACAACAGUGAUGAGGUGGCAGAGUUGGAAUGUGGUCUGAGGACGUGCCGCCCGGGGGAGUUCACCUGCCCGCCGCCCUGGUACCCGGGCAGCCCGCGCUGCAUCCCCCAGAGCUACCUGUGCGACGGCGAGAAGGACUGCGCCGACGCGGCGGACGAGCUGCACAACUGCCCCAACCGCACCUGCCACCUCAACGAGUUCGCCUGCUCCAACGGCCUGUGCAUCUUCCUCCCCUACCAUUGUGAUCGGGUAAACGACUGCGGGGACGGCAGUGAUGAAGUGGGCUGCACGUACGACACCUGCGCCAGCCACCAGUUCACCUGCCAGAACGGCGCCUGCAUUCACGCCUCCUUCGUGUGCGACGGGGACUUCGACUGUCUGGACCACUCGGACGAGCUGGACGGGCUGUGCCACAGUCCUGAACCCACCUGUGCCCCCGGGGAGUACCUGUGCAAGUCGGGCCAGUGCAUCGACAUCCACAAGGUGUGCAACAACCAGAAGGACUGCCCUGACAACAGCGACGAGAAGGGCUGCGGCAUCAACGAGUGCCUAAAUCCGGCAGUGCACCAGUGUGCCCACGAGUGCACGGACACGCUAACGGGCUACUACUGCUCCUGCCGGCCGGGCUACCGGCUCAUGCCGGACGGCAAGGCCUGCGAGGACGUGGACGAGUGCCGGGACACCCCGGCCGUGUGCAGCCAAAUCUGCGAGAACUCGGUGGGCUCCUUCUUCUGCAAGUGCGCCCCGGGCUACCUGCGGGAGCCCGACGGCCGCACCUGCCGGCAGAACAGCGGCAUCGCGCCCUACCUGCUCUACAGCAACCGCUACUACAUCCGCAACCUGACGACCGACGGCAGCUCGCUGUCCAUAGUGGUGCAGGGCCUGUCCAAUGCGGUGGCGCUGGACUUUGACCACUACGAGCAGCGCCUCUACUGGAUCGACGCGGGCGCCGCCCGGAUUGAGCGCAUGUUCUUCAACGGCACGGGCCGACAGGUGGUGCUGGACCACGACGUUCCCAACGUGGAGGGUCUGGCCAUCGACUGGGUGGGACGAAAAAUGUACUGGGUGGACACUUACCAGGAUGCUCUUCAUGUGUCAGAACUGGAUGGACGUUUCCGCAAGAAGCUGUUGAAAGGCUGCAUCUCGCCAAAUAAUACCUAUUGUUUUGUUAACCCACGGGCGGUGGUGGUCAACCCCAAAUUCGGAUGGCUGUACUGGACAGACUGGGGUGACAGGGCGUACAUUGGUAGGGUGGGCAUGGAUGGCACAAAUGCCAUGGCCAUCAUCACUACCAAACUGGAGUGGCCCAACGCCCUGACCAUUGACUACACCACCAACAGGAUCUUCUUUGCUGAUUCUCAUCUCAACUUCCUGGAUUAUGCUGAUAUGGACGGGCAGAACCGUCACAGAGCCAUCAUGGGCUCCCUGCCCCACCCCUUUGCCGUGACACUUUUUGAAGAUUGGGUGUACUGGACAGACUGGAACACCCACACCGUGGAGCGGGCCCACAAAUUCACAGGCGAGGGCCGGCUCACCAUGGGCAACAACACCCACCGGCCCUACGACAUCCACGUGUACCACCCCUACAGGCAGCCCCGCAGUGAGAACCCCUGUAAGAAGAGCCCCAUCGUUUGCAGUCACCUGUGUCUGAUCUCACCUGGUGGGGCCAGUUCCACCUGCGAGUGCCCGGACCACUUCAUUGCCCUUGCCGUCGGAUUCAAAAUACAGUGUGUGGCCGACUGUUCCAGCACGCAGUUUCGCUGUGGCGACAAUGCAAAGUGUAUCCCCAUCUGGUGGAAGUGCGAUGGUCAGUCUGACUGCGGCGACGGUUCGGACGAGCCCCUCACCUGUCCUCCCCGACUCUGUCCCGUCGAGCGCUUCCAGUGUCAGGACGGGAACUGCACCUACCCCAGCUUCCUCUGCGACACCCAUCCCGACUGCCCCGACGGUUCUGAUGAGGACCCAGCACUCUGCAGUGACCACCGCUGCCAGGAGAACCAGUUCCAGUGCGCCAACAAGCAGUGCAUCCCCAGCACGUGGCACUGCGACGGCUUCUCCGACUGCGCGGACGGCAGCGACGAAACCGCCGACAGCUGCGCCCAGAAGACCUGCCGGCCCGGGCAGUUUCAGUGCAACAACGGCCGCUGCAUCCCGCCCAGCUACGUGUGCGACGCCAAUAACGACUGUGGGGACAACUCCGACGAGCCCUACAACGAAUGCAUGGGCCCCGACCAUAAGUGCGAUGAACACACCGAGUUCUCCUGCAAGGGGAACUACCGCUGCAUCCCUCAGUGGGCCGUUUGCGACGGCUCCGAUGACUGCUCCAACAACAGCGACGAGGAGGGCUGCGAGGACGUGACCUGCGACCCCAUCGGGGACUUCCGCUGUGAUAAUCACCGGUGCGUGCCCCUGCGAUGGCGCUGCGAUGGGAACAACGACUGCGGCGACGGCUCGGACGAGAGGGACUGCCAGCCGAGGCCCUGCUCCGAGAGCGAAUAUCGCUGUGACAACCAGCAGUGCAUCCCCGGCGCCUGGGUGUGUGACCAUGACAACGACUGCGGGGACAAUUCGGAUGAGAGGGACUGUGAGCUGUUCACGUGUCGCCCGGGGUCCUUCCAGUGCACCUCUGGACACUGCAUCCCGGCCUCUCUCAAGUGCGACGGGCGUGCCGACUGCCUGGACCUCUCUGACGAGACCUCGUGUCCCACCCGCUUUCCUGGAGGCAGAUGGUGCCCGCCCAGCCAGUUUGAGUGCAGGAACCGGCUGUGUGUGCCUCAGAGCUGGGUGUGCGACGGCUUCGACGACUGCGGAGACCGCUCUGACGAGGCGCUCAACCUCUGCUGGAACGUCACCUGCGAGAUGCCCAACCGCUUCCGCUGUGACAAUGGCUACUGCGUCUACUCUGGCCUGAUGUGCAACCAGAGGGAUGACUGCGGGGAUGGAAGUGAUGAGAAAGAGGACGUUUGUAGAGAGCCCACCCAGGCCCCCUGCACUCCCCAGCAGUUCAAAUGUACCAACGGACGCUGCGUGGCCCUCCAGUACGUCUGUGACCACAACAACAACUGCGGAGACCUCAGCGACGAGAUGGGCUGCAAUUUUGGACACGACCGGACCUGUGAGGAGAAGCUCUGUCAGCAGAACUGCACCGACUUGAGUGGAACGGGCUUCAUCUGCUCCUGUCAGCCGGGCUACACUGUUGACCCAGACAGCACCUUCUCCUGCAGUGACAUCAACGAGUGCGAGACCUUCGGUACCUGCCCGCAGGCCUGCGAAAACACCAAGGGCGGGUACAAGUGCGAGUGCGCCCCCGGGUACCGCAAAGUGGGCGAAGGCAACGAGUGUGAGGCAUCCGGCGCUGGGCCUCUCCUGCUGCUCCCAGAGAAUGUUCGUAUCAGGAGGUUCAACCUGCAAACGGAGGAGUACCAUAACUUCCUCCAGGAGCAGGACCGCAUUGUGGCGCUGGACUACGACUGGGACCACAAUAACACUGGAUACAGCAUGGUGUAUUUCACAGAGGAGGGAAAGAGCCCCCAGCCAGGCGCCAUCAAAAGGGCCUACCUACCAGCAGUGGACGACCACAGCAACAACAUUGGCGCAGCCAUCGACAUCGGCAUCAAAUACAUUGUCAAGCCUGAUGGCAUAGCAGUGGACUGGGUUGGCAGGAACCUGUACUGGGCAGACUCGGUAGUGAAGCGGCUGGAGGUGGCGAUGCUGGACGGGCGUUACAGGAAGCACCUUGUCAAGACAGACGUCGGCCAGCCCUCCGCAGUUGCCGUCAACCCUCGACUGGGGAUGCUCUACUGGACUGACCGAGGCAAUGUGCCCAAGAUUGAAUGCUCCUGGAUGGACGGCAGGGAGAGAAAGAUCCUGGUGGACAAUGGCUUGGGUUGGCCCACAGGCCUAUCCAUUGACUUCACCAAUAAUGACCGCAUCUACUGGUCAGAUGCCAAGGAGAGUCGCAUUGAAUCAGUCCUACCAUCUGGCGAAGAUAGGCGUACUGCAGUAUAUAUUGAUGUGAGAAACCCCUUAAGUGUGAGCGUCUUUGAGGACCAUGUUUACUGGAGCACCCAGGAAAAGGGGGAGGUGUUCCGGCAGGAUAAGUUCGGAAAAGGGCAGAAGAUCAAGCUGCUGACGGCUGGCCCGUGGCUCACGCAAGUCAGCAUCUACCAGCAGCAGAGAUACAACUCUAUAGCAAUGAGGAACCCAUGCAAGGGCACCUGCAGCCACCUGUGCCUGCUGAGGCCUGGGGGUUACUCGUGCGCCUGCCCUGAGGGAACCGGCUUCGUCUCAGGCAGUAACACCGAUUGCGACGCAGGCUUCGACCCCCCACCCAUCAUACCUCCUCCAUGCAGAUGCCAGAACGGUGGAACCUGCUACUUCAGUGAUAACCAGGCCCUGUGCAAGUGUCCACCUAACUGGAGUGGAGAGUUCUGUCAGAAGGAUGACUAUGCAGCUCUUUCUGCUUCAGUGGGCAUUGCCAUCGGAGUGUCUUUGCUUCUCCUGCUGCUCGUGGGUGGCCUGGUCUUGGUCGUACAGAGGAAGGCCAAGAUCCUGGAGGCACUUAAUCAUGUCCACAUCCCCACAUUCAGGAAUUGGACAAGUGAUUCUGCUGAGCAGCAGGACCGGCACUUUCCUCCCGGAGUACAAGUGGAUGUCCACAGCCCGAGCCUCGAGAAACUGAACGAAGUGGAGGCCGUGAAAGCGGACGAGCCCGCGGAGAGCUUCGAGAACCCGGGCUACGCGGCCGACCCCGGCGGCAGAGCCGCCCCCUUCAGCUUCGCUACGCAGGUGACCGCCAUCAGCGCCGCAGCCAAGGAGAACUUCGUGAAUCCGGCCUAUGCUGCUGAGUUCAGGAUGACCCCCGUACCAAACGGCAUUUCUAGACCCGCCACCGCUGCCAGCAUGCCUGAGAAGGACACCUUUGAAAAUCCCGCCUACACUGUAGAGCCCACUGAGGCAGCCAUGCCGGGUGGCAUUACUAAGGCGUCACCCAUGGCUAGCUCUCUCACCAAUGAUAAGGAGACUUUUGAGAAUCCUGCCUACGUCGCAGACAAUAAAGAUGUGCCAUCUGAAUCUGACACUGCUGCUACUGAGGAUCAGAACCAGCAAGAGAAUCUCCCCCGAACUAAAGAACCCGAUGGAAUUUUCAUAAACCCAGCGUAUGAGGACUCCACAAUCACAGCCGGUAUGGGAGAAUCUACCAUCUGAUCACUUGUUAAAGCGACAACAGCUUCCCAGCCAAAAAAUUUGACGCUAUCUGGAAACUCCCAUAACUUGAUUGCCGCCUUCACGUACCUUCUGACUUGACCCUUUGCCUUUUGAAUCGGACUUUGAUGUCCCCAUUGUGUGGUUGAAUCGUUGACUGUUGAACUAUACCUCCCCCAUCCACAUAAUUGCAUUAAGCCAUUUUACAUCAAAUUGUGUCCAUGUGAAUGUUUUUUUUAUGAGAUGUUGCCAAUUUAACCUCUUGGUGGUCUGUCUAUUUGCAAGGUUGUUGUAAGGUUAGAUACCGACAGAGAGGAAUGGAUAGAGGCCAUGCAGUAGGAAAGAGGUGUGGGAGGAAAAAGAGUGUGUUGAUAGAUGCUGAGUUUUUGUGAAAGUAUGUACAUUAAUGGAAAACGCAGAUGGCAUUUAUGACUAGGCAUUAGAAUUUAUAUCAUGGGCAUUGCAUAGAAAAUGUAGUUGAUCUCGUUAUUGUCUCAAACUGUGCUGUAAUUAUACAAUUAGAAUUAUUAUAAUACAUUUGUAAAUCAGUAUUGUCAAAUAUGUUAUUUCAUUAGAAAUAAUCAUUAAUGACCUGUC